AUGACAGAGAAGAGUGCAACACUCAGCUUUGAUAUCAGCAAACGAGACCCGUCAUUCACGUCUUCUACCAAGGACUAUACGAUCUCGUACACGCACCAUGAACCUACGGUCAAGUCGGAGGGAGGCAAAGAGCUGCCUUUCUUAGUUCUGCUGCAUCGUGAGUCCACUUCACCUUGAAAUAUGACUCAGGGUAUAUCCCGGGGUGCAUACAAUAUUUCUCCUUCUGCAAAGCGACCCAUCAGCUAUCCCGCGAGCUCGACCUGGAGCGUAACCCCUGGGCACUAACACGUCUCCCCUUCUGCCCCUCUGCGACGGAACAGACUUCAACGCCUCCCGAGAAUACUGGAAACCCCAAAUCAAGAACCCUCUCUUGGCACCUUAUCACAAGAUCGCCGUCGAUGCCCCCGGGUUCGCCCAAUCGCGCACUUCUCCAGCGGGGUCAGCCUGGUCUUUCGAUCUCGCGGCCGAAGCAAUCUUGCAUAUUCUUGACGAUGUAUCAAAGGAGCUUGGAAGAGAGAUGAAGGCUGUCUCGUAUGGUGAUUCGAUGGGGGGAGCUCAUACGGGUUUGAGGUUGGGCAUGAGGGAUCAUGAACGAGUGACCAAGGAGGGAAAGGAGCGAAGAAUUGUCGGCGUCGUCGUCGUUGGGACCUGUGCCGAGGAAGAGAGCGAAGGUGCGCACCUAAAACUCAUAUGGACAUGUUGCCAUAUUCAGCCUGACAUUUGAUUCUAUGGUAUCGGCGUCACAGACUUUGUCAUCGACUAUACCCAGGACGCCGAAGACUUUGCGGCCAAAUGCCGAGCCACGACCUCGCCCGAACAAGUCGCACAACUGAUCGACGAGUUUGCCGCGAACAUGGGCAAAGCUGGAUAUACCGAGUCGGAGAAGCCUUUGUUUGCUGUGGCAAGGGAACAAGGGACAAAAGUCAUCGCUGAUGCGCUCAAGGCAACGCUCGUGAAUGACGAUGGCAUCUUGGAAGGGAAACAAGCCGGGGAGACGAUGAAAGUCAGUAGAUAAAUGUGCGAUCCAUUUGAGGACCUUUUCGUGGUACUGAUCCGAUCUCUCGCACAGAUGAACUAUCGCUGCCUGAACCAUCGACGAGGCUUGAUCGGUCGGCUCGCGAGUCGACCCAGUCCGCUCGGCAAGACGAACGUGCUAGUCGUGCACGGGACGGAUGACAAGGCUGUGAGUCAGGUACUCUUUUCAUUUCGUCAUUUCAACACAGGCUCAUGUUCAUCUAUGACUGCAGUACCCAUUCGAGCGCAAUUACCAUGAACGAACUUGCUCGGCGAUCGGAACGGACAACAGCGAAGUCCUCGUCAUUCAAGGGGGUCCUCAUUUUGCAACAGCGUCGCAUUGGGAGACGCUGGACAAGAAUGUGGUUGAUUGGAUCGAGAGGAAAUGUACUUGA